AUGAACGAGCAAAGCUCUUGGUCAGAUACCGGAAUAACUGCAUGUCGGGCCAAGCAACAUGUGCGCCAAUCCCAGAGCAUUUUAUCUUCACGAUACCCAGACGUCUCGUCUCAGUCGUCUGAAGACAAGAGUCAGCAUAGCAAAGAAGUGGAGCCACUCCGAGGCUUUCUCCGGCCUUUAAUCAUCGCCGAAAUUGUUGAGGUGAAUGUCAGGGAACAUGUAACCACGAACGUGUAACCACGGAAGGAUUUUGGGUUGUUCAAUUAGCAUCUUUGCUGAGGAAAAAUUUUUCCCGUUCACCAUGACAACGACGUGCCACCCACGCCUUGCUUCAAUGAGUAAAGCUCUCAAUUUCCCGGCGAACACAAACUAUUGGCUUCUAGAAGAUAGGCGCCCCAGAGUGCAUGCGCAUGAAUACAGGUCCUCAGGAGAGGCGAAUGAAGGAGAAAAAAAAAAAAAAAAAGAAUCCACCCAAGGGUAGAUCCGGUCCGGAGAAAAAGAUACUCGCUGUACACGCUGUAAAUUGAGUUCGUUUCGCUAGUCGAUGGACUAUCGAAAUAGUCGCCCGGUCAGCGAUAUCUGAUCGGAGAACGACAGCAAGCAAAAAAUAUGCUAAGAAUUUCAACUCUGUCGUUCUCUUUGCGUCCCAACCUUUUCUUCUGCCUGGGAUAUGUUUUCUCAAUCUCUUUCGGUCCAUUCCUGAUACUGGCAAACAAUUUCCUUUUGAUUGAAUUCAUGAGCUAGCGCUGAGUUUGCCGUUCCCAGUUCCCAUUUUAGGACUAGGGCUAAAUCUUCUGGUGUGUCACGGGAUUUCGUGGCUCACCCGCAUUGUUUACCUCUUGGCAAGACGCGGGCCGCGGCGCUGCGUGGAACCGUGGGCAUGGCUGACAACAGUGACGAGAAGGAAGAAAUAUUAAAUAAUAAUAAUAAUAGUUCAUGCCCCACGGACACGAGAAACUGAAACAAGGCCGAAGGAAGCAACGGUGCGGGGUUGGUUAACCUGGCGCCAGAAUAUCGCGAAAGUAAACUAAUAAGUGCCGCCGCACGCCAUCAGGCUGGAAGUGAUGGAUGGGCGGUUGGAGAUGGGGUUGAUUGAUGUGAUUGAUGAACAUGCGAGUCAGCUGGGACGGAAACGCCGACGGGAGAGUAACAUCGCGAAUCCUUUUCGUCCCUUUUUCUUUUCUUUUCUUUUGCUAUUUUAGGGAAUGUGAUUUGCUUGUUGGCGUUGCGUUGGUACGACAUGGUUGGUUUAGAAGAGGGAGAUGAGGAGCAAAUGCCCGCAUCUGCUGUGCCCAUUGACACCCAGAGCAGAAGCCCAAGGAGAAAGGAGGGGAAGGGACGAGAAGGGCUGACCCGCGAAUCUCAUGACAUCAACAUGGGCUAGAGAAAUAAACAGUGUGACCCCACUGCUGCAUUUAAUGAUUCCAAGCCUGAACAGAGAAUCAAGUUCAGCGACAAAGACUGUAUACGAUACUAUUAAAGGGCUAGCUAGAGCGAAUACAGUCAAUGAUCAUUCUUGCUGUGUCGUGGUGACCGAAGGAAGAAUUCUGCGCGGGCUAGCUAGCUACCGCUGAUUGGAUGCUCGCAUUUCCUCUCUCGGUUAAUAUUUAAUCUCAUUCAGAGCCUUGCGGAUUCGGUCUCAAUGGCGGGUGCUUCCGGUGGUGUCAGUAAGGGGUGGCACCGAGGGCCAUGGCACAAUAGAAUACAGAGUAGAACCCCAGUUUGUGGUUGCGUGCGGUGUUAUUUGCCUUCUUGUUGCAGGCCUUGUUACGAAAAAGAACUAACAGGAUCAUUUUUGGCUAACGCUGAAGCCAAAGCUCCUGCUUGAGAGUCGAGACAGGAGGAUUGGUACACGUAAGUGGAUCGUGAGACCAGGAUCCAUCAGUGCAGGCUGGCUGAAUUGGAGUCUCUCUCCGAAGUAUCGUGGCUGUUGAUACGCUAAAUAUCUGGUUAAAGAGAGCUAUUUUCCAUAGCAACAUCCUUGUCUUUGUCUCCGUGUCUCCCUGUCUCCCUGUUUUCGGAUAAAUACCCACGGCCGACGCUUGCGCCAUGAAGAGCUGAAGCGUUUUUUAGUGACCAGGGAAGAGGCGCACGGCAUGGGAUCGUCAAGCAACUUGAAGCAAGGCAGAUGAUGGGAAGAAUCUCAGGUUUCCUCUCUUUUACCAUGGGGGCUAUUCCGAUGAAAGGGCAACUGUAGAUCUCCAUCCAUUUGAUUGCAAAAAUAAGAUUUGGAGAUGAACGCAGAUAUUGUUUGCUUCUAACCUUGAGCAAAGAGACAUGGUUGACGAUCCGCGGGUAGACAGACACACAGUCAAUGCUCUCCACAGCAAUGUUGGCAUAUUGGCGCAAUUGGAAUAACCAACUCGCUUUCUAGCGGAGUGAUGUGCUAAGUAUAGUUAGCCAGGGUAGGUGGAGGUGGUGAUGUAAAACCAAGCUUGAUGUAGAAUGAUAUCCUUGUUUUAUUGUUUCAUGAUAUACUGCGUAGUUAUUCAUCGUAAGCCUG